CAAACCCUCGGCUCGGGCUUCGCAGACUCUCAUCUCUUUCCCGCGGCGUUCUAUUAAAAGAGUCACUCUCGGAGGGAGCGCGUCGCCGCCUCUACCGCUGAUAAUGGAUUAAGCUCACAGGCUCGGUGGGAGUUGUUUCACCGCUCUCCACCUCCUCCACAAACAAGGAGCGAGCGAUCGGAGGCAUGUGAGAAAUUCCUAACCCCCCCCCCCCAGGAGUUGUGCACUCCUGUCGUCCGGAUGGUCAAGUUAUCGGGAUCCAAUCCUUGACAUCUGAUGGUCAAUUUCCUUUGAAAGGAGGAUUAAUGUUCGCAGGCAGAUUAUUACUUUAAACAGCCCCCCCUCCACCACCUCCCUUCCUCUUUAACAAGGAUCGGAAAGUGCACAGGAUUAAAAGCACCGACCCCGGGCUCGGGAGAGGUGCGGGGGGGGAAUAUUUCCCCAGGGGUGUCUGCAGUCUGCAAGAGCGGGGACAACCGCACUCUGCUGGCGACACUAACUGGCGGGAGCAGAAGACAUUCGGCAAAACUGCAGUGUAGCCUCCGAAGACUGUAACUGACCCGGGAUCAAUCCGGCACCAUUUACUAUUCCCCCCCCCCCCCCACCGCAUCUACGAUAUAUAUAUUUUUUAAAAAAGCUUCGACGUUUUCCUCAAGGCAGCGUUUAUUUCUGACGCUGGCCGCGGUGAGCUGGUGUUUUCUUGGCGGACCCAUCCGAUGCCUCUGAUCCACCCACGUGUGAGCACGGCACAUCUCUGAACGGGUUGGCGGUGCACCCCAAAACUUCGCUCUCAAAGGCCGGGCGCUGACCAUGAGAGGCUGGAGAGUGGCGAUCCUGACCACCGUCCUGUGGCAUCAGCUCGCCGUGUACAGGCAGGCGACUGCCAGGCGAUCGCCAAGGAUAAACCAGCACACCGAGCCCUACAACACCACUCUGAGCAACAGCGAGGAGGGUUUUUCCCUCCAGACCCCCUCUCCCAGGCCGGAGGGUGGAAGAACAGGGCGUGGAGAGCUUCCUGACUUCCGACGCCAGUGCCAGUCCUUGGCCAGCCAACAGGUGGCACCCUCGUUGCAGGGUGAGACGACCCAUCUCCCAGAAAAUCGAGAGCACCGUCCGGUGGAUCCACAUUCAUCCUGGAUUAAAUUUGUACAACGAGAUGGAGCCAAGAAAAACAAGAAAUGCAGACCCAACCGGAAAAGAGUACUGCCGAGCCUCUCCGGCCCCCCCGGACCUCCAGGGCCACCGGGACCCCCCGGGCCAGCGGGGGCUGCCGUCACACAGGAGAUACUGAUGCGUGAAUUUAAAGCAAUGGUACGAGAAGAAACAGAGAGACGGGCAGCUGUUCUGACUGAAGUGCAGGCACCAACUUCUCUCUCGUUUCACGAUGUCCAUCCGUACAAAAGAGUAGAGGAAGCUUUUCAUUGCAAACUGAAGGGGACAGUUACCGUGGACAAAAGAACUCUGCUGGAGCUUCAGAACUUCCAGGCGCCACUUGCAAAAGGAGCAUUCCUGAGGGGGUCUGGGAUGAAUCUGUCCACUGGACGAUUUACAGCACCAGUCACUGGCAUCUACCAAUUUUCUGCCAAUGUGCACAUUGAUCACAGUGAAAUGAAGAGCAAAGGUCCCCUCCGGCCAAGAGAUAACGUGCGGGUUCUCAUCUGCAUUGAGUCGCUCUGCCAAGGGAAUACUUCCCUUGAAGUUAUAGCUGGUCUGGAGAGCAACAGCAAAAUAUUCACAGUCUAUGUGCAUGGGUUACUUCAGUUACAGGCCGAGCAAUAUACAUCCAUAUUUGUGGACAACAGUGCAGGAGCGUCAAUAUCUAUCCAGAAUGGAUCUGAUUUUAUGGGCAUACUUGUUGGUGUAUAGCAAGACGUAUCCUACUAAGAAACAAACUGUAAUGCCAGCAUUUUGGCAGUCUUAACUAUUAAGAUUUUAAAAUAUGAGAGACAGAAUGACAUACUGUUGAGGAGAAAUAAAACCGUUGGGAUUUUACCAUCAACAGUUCUCCCUUUGUACUUUGCCAUCUAAUCUUCGUCCAUUUAAGUUGAUCGGUAUUUUGUUAGAAGUGUUUUACUUCAAAGACGCACGCAAUGCCUAACUAUAAGAAGAGUGUUCAUCGGCAGCAUUGAACUGCAACAUAUAAAAGUGAUUGUACCCAUUGGGACAAUGCAGCAGAAAGGUGUGUAUUAAACUUGAAGAACAGAAAGCUGAUUUUUUUGGGUGAAAUGCUGCCACAUUGGUUCCAAGUUAUUAUGUCCUCAGCUUGAACACUGAGCUUUUCCAACGAAUUCAAGAUGUUUCAGCGGACACUAGAUCUGAGACAGUAUCGUUACGACGUUUGAACUGCCUGAUGUGGCCCAAGAGUUGUACAGCAACUCUGAACAUAAGAAAAGUUCCCACAGGGAGCCCGAGAAAGAAACACACGAGAGUCUUGAGCGCGAGGUACAAUAAUUCCUGGGGACAAAUUGCAUUUUGCGAUGGAAGUAAUUAGUUUACUGUAACUACAAAUUCUGACAUUUAGAAAUAGCUAUGAGGAGUGCAACCUUAUCUAAAGGUAAUACCUGGAUUUGGAAGUGGUGUUGCAAGCAAGUUCUGUUCUCGAAAGGGAAAUAGAACAUGUUUUUCCAUCAUUUAAAUGUGUGAUGCUUUGAUGUAAUUUCAGUUUUGAAUGAGAUCUUUGAUAUAUAGCAUCUGCCUAUCCUUGUAUAUCUUAUUCUUAUGUGUUACGUAUAGCCCAUUGAAUCUAUUGUGGUGGGAAUGCCAAUGUUACAUAUGCCAAUCUAACUCAAACUGACACUCAAAUGAGGGAUUCCACAGUUAUCUGUUGCACUAUAAGAUAACACUGUAUUAUCUCUUCCCAAAAAAGUAUACUCAAAAUGCUCUCCAAGGAAGCACUCUCUUUUAUUUUUGCUUAAGUGUUAAGUAUCCUUAAAAAAAGUUCCAAACAAAAUUAUUGGUUAAAAAUAACUUACAAUAAUGGCUACAAAAGUCGAGUUUUUGAUGCCUUUACAUAUAAUUACCCGUAGAUCUUGGCCGCUGGAUAAUUUUACCUCAGAAAAAUUGCAACUUUAAAUCGUAAACACUGAUAGAGCUGCUGGCUCACCAAACUAUCCCUGUGCAGCAGUAUGUUGGUGCCGGAAGAGCGGUGACACUCGCGGGCUGCCCAGCACAAUCCUCACUGAUUUGAUUUGAUGUGAAUGAUGCGUUUCACUGUAGGUUUGCAAGAAACAUGGAACAAAUAAUUAGCAUUAUUUGUCACAUGUACAAUGUUGUCUGAUGUUAUUUGUCAUCCAUACCAAUGAUCUGGAUGAUAAUGUGGUAAAGUGGAUCAGUAAAUUUGUGGAUAACUCCAAGACUGGGGGACAGGGGUAUAGUGGACAGCAAGGAAGGCUAUCAGAGCUUGCAGGCCCAGCUGGAAAAGUAAGCUGAAAAAUGGCAGAUGGAAUUUAAUGCAGACAAGUGCUAGGUGUCGCACUUUGGGAGGACAAAACCGAGGUAGGAAUUACACGGUGAACAGCCGGCCAGUGAGGAGUGUGGUGGAGCAGCGGGAUCUGGGAAUACACAUCUAUAAUUCCUUGAAAGUAGCGUCACAGGUAGAUAGGAUCGUAAAGAGAACAUUUGGCACAUUGGCUUUCAUAAUUCAAAACACUGAGUUAGGAUGUUAUGCUGAAGUUGUUUAAGACAUUGGUGAGGCCUAAUUUUGGAGUACUGUGUGCAGUUUUGUUCACCUACCUACAGGAAAGGUGUAAAUAACAUUGAAAAAGAGUGCAGAAAAAGAUUACAAGGAUGUUGCCAGGACUUGAGGAGCUGAGUUAUAGGGAAGGAUUCAAUCGGCUAAGACUUCAUUCCCUGGAGUGUAGGAGAAUGAGGGGAGAUUUGAUAGAGGUAUGCCAAAUCAUGAGGGGUAUGGAGAGGGUAAAUGCAAGCAGGCUUUUUCCACUAGGUUGGGUGAGACUAGAACUAGAAGUCACGGGUUAAACAUGAAGGGUGAAAUGCAUAAGGGGAACGUGAGGGGGAGCUCCUUCACUCAGAGGGCGGUGAGAGUGUGGAAUGAGCUGCCAGUGGAAGCGAUGGAUUCAUGAGAAAUUUAGAUAGGCACGAGGAAGGGAGGGGUAUAGAGGUCUGUGGCUGGGUGCAGAUCGAUGGGACUAGGCAGAAUAAUAGUUCAGCAUGGACUAGAUGGGCCGAAGGGCCUGCUUCUGUGUUCUAUCACUCUAUAGUUACUUGUUAAUCUUGAAAUCUUUGUGCCUAUGUAACUCCCAGUUCGGGUACCUCACAGUUUCAGUGAACGCAGUCUGACCCUCAGAAUCUGCUGGAAGAGGUCUGGUUUUCUCACCAUUGGAAGAGUGUCUCCACUCUCUGCAAAAAAAAAUCUUUGAAACGAACUACUGAAUUCUUAAAGGUUUUAUUACGGGCAAAUGAUAACCUUUACACCAGUUCUAUAAAUGGUUCUAUGUGCUCCUGAUAGGCUGCUUCAGAAGGAGUGUUACUGCUUCUGUUCCCCCUGAUAAAUUUAUUUCACUUCUUCUGGCCUACAGGUUUAACCUACUGCCCAAAAGUAUCACCAGCUACCACCUCAUACAGUUGUGAAGUAACCUGUCCCCAAACUCACUGAGAACUAACCCAGGACCAUCGGUGUUAAUAUGCAUUGAGAGCCGAGUUUCCUUUGUCACGCUCCCCUGAUAUUGCAGAAAGGUGAUCAGCCAGGAAGAUUAUCUGUUUCUCUUUCCACUGGUGCUGCCUGACCUGCUGAGUAAUUCCUGUGUUCUCUGAUUUUAUUUCAGAUUUCUAACAUCUGCAGACUUUUGCUUUUCCAUCACUGAUUUACAAGCAUUGGCUGUGAUGCACUUUAGACUUGCUGGGUUAAAACUUGGGCAUUAUUUUCAAGCCUGGUAAUAUUGACUGUGUAGUUCUUCUUGUAUCCAUCCCUUUUUCCAUCUCCAAUGCACAACUUACACUGACACUCAGUUGCCACUUUAUUAGGUACCCCCGGUACCCUAAUAAAAUAGCCAUUGAGUGUGUGUUCAUGGUCUUCCGCUGCUGUAGACCACCCACUUCAAAGUUUGAUGUGUUGUAAGUCCAGAGGUGCUCCUCUGCGUACCACUGUUGUAACGUGUGGUUAUUUGAGUUACUGUCACCUUCCUGUCAGUUUGAACCGGUUUGCCCAUUCUCCUCUGACCGCUCUCAUUAACAAGGCAUUUUGCCCACAGAACUGCUGCUCGCUGGAUGUUUUUUUAUUGUUGUUUAUUGCACCUUUCUCUGUAAACUCCAGAGCCUGUUGUGGGUGAAAAUCCCAGGAGAUCAGCAGGUUUAUCGAGACUCAGACCACCCCAUCUGGUUAGAUCGCAUUUCUUCCCCAUUCUGAUGUUUGGUCUGAACAACAACCAAACCUCUUGACCUUGUCUGCAUGCUGUUGUGCAUGGAGUUGCUGACACAUCACUGGCUGUUUAGAUAUUUGCAUUAACGAGCAGAUGUACAGGUAUACCUAUUAAAGUGGCCACCGAGUGUAAGUUCAAUGUUUUGACUUCCUCUUUCUCUCUCUCUCUCUCUCUGUCUCUUUCAUCAGCUGAGUUGUUCCACUAACUCAAGAUGAAGAUGCUCCACUUGUUUCCUUUGGGCUACGUUGCACAGAGCCGAGUUUUUGGCCUUUUAUUUCAAGGAUGGUGUUGUACUCAGGAUUCUGUGUAUUUUACAUCAGCACCGUUGAGGAUUACAAAUCAAUAUUACGUGAAUCUGGAGACUGUCAGCCUAAGACUCACCCCUUUGCCAAACCUUGCUCUGCUUUGUCACCAUAGCAGGCCAGAUCACAACCAGGAUUUGGGCACCUUUGGCCCAAAUUUCCCCCUCUGACUUUGUCACAUACCUUCAGAGUCAGAAGACUGCCUGGCCCAAAUACUGCAGCUGUAUUAUAAAUAAAAUGACUUUGUGUUGACAUUGCUGUUGUAAAUGGACCCAAAAUUUAUUUCAUUGUUGGCUCUGCGCUGACCUUGUCUCCAGGCACAGUGGUUUCAAUUUUAUCUUCAGUCAUCAGCCUGUCUGCCUUCAAAUUCCCACAUGGAACACAAGUUGUUUUUUUUUCACCCUCGAUGUGAGUUGGCAUCAAGCCCUGGUCCUAGCCACAGAGGAGAGCAAUGUUUGUGAGUGGUCCCUUGUCUGAGGACCAGCCUUGCCCCAAGCCUCUGGCCAUAAGAGGUGCAGCCAAUCAGAAAGUAGUGGGACAAAUUGUUGCUUUAGCUAAUUUUGUAGCCAAAAAUUGCAAAGUGUUUUUGAACUAGGAAAUGAAAAUCUUGCUUCCACAUUUGUGUUUAAAGCUCUUCUACUUUUUAAGCCUGUUUCUACUGGUGCCUUUUUAAGUCCUGCUUUUGAUAUUUGUGUCCAGAUCUCCCCCAGCUCCUCCCUUCUCUGUUUAUGUUUUUACUAUUACUUAUUUAAGAUUCUGUCUCUCUCUAUUUCCUUCUGCCCCUCUCAUUUGUUUCACAUCUCUCUGACUUCUUCUCUGUUUGUUUUAGUCUCGUGAUCAUAGGACCGUGGAAAGUCGUGGCACAAAAAGAGACAAUCAGCUUGUGCAGUGUGGUUAAAAUGAAAGCCUUUGUGGUCUGUGAUUUGUGGGUUAUGUCCAUUCAAAUUUCUAAGCCUGUCUAUUUUUGAGUCCUCCUCUCCAGGCUAUGUUUCUAUUUUCUUUGCUGAUGUUUGUUAGACCCAGCUUUUAAUCCUUUCAAAUCCCACUGUGCCCUGUCUGCCAACGCCUCCAUUUGACGGACCCUCCAUUCAGCGGGAUCAGAUGCUGGAGGCUGCUCCUUGCCACCAGCAUUCCAGAAUUCCAAGAUCCCAUUACAGUAUGGGACUUCUUCUAAUUCCAGUUCCAGCCUCCCACAACAGUCACAUCACUCUGACAUCCAGCCUCGUUUUCAAAUUGUUUUCAGAGUGAAAAAGGAGAAACCCGUAGAUUCUGCUAGGUAGAGGUCAGGAUGUCCUCUAAAUGCUUGCAGUGAAACCCUGCGCUGAGCAGCGAAACAGAACUCUGUGGUAAAAGUAUCCAGUCUGAGGUGGCUUCAAAGUGCCACUGAACAAUAGAGGCUGGAAAGCCCAGUGAAAGAAUUGCAAUGUGCAAAAUAAAACACGGCUGGUAAUCCUAAUUAUAAACGUGUGCUUUAAAUAUUCUUUUCAAACCGUUAAUUUGGACAUUAUGAAUUCCAGUUACUGUGAAAGAGGUGGUGGGUGAUUAUACCUUGGAAAUGCAUUUUGGGUAAUCAAAAUGGUUCACUGACAGAGUUACUAUCCAUUUCCUGCGCAGGGGAAGUUCAACUGUAAAUGUUUACAUGUCAAAAGUUAGUGAAAAAUAUUAUCAACUGAAUGUAAACCUGUGGUUAUGAAGUUCACAUAUAGUUAAUGUAAUCACACUAUGAUGGCAGAAUUUAGUUCCUAUUUUAAUAUACAGGCACAGCACUGUGAAGAAGUCUUAGGCACCCUAGAUUUUUUACAUACUGUAGCUUCAGAUGGUCUGGCCUCCACAGAGACCUGAUCUCAAAUCAUCCAGGCUGUCUAGGAUUAUCUGGAGAGACAGAAGCAAGCGAGACAGCCAAAGUCUGCAGAAGAACUGUGGCAAGUUCUCCAAGAUGCUUGGAAAAACCUACAAACUGAUUUUCUUAUGAAACUGUAUGACAAUGUACCUAAGAGAAUUGAUGCAGUUUGAAAGGCCGAAUAUUGAUUUGAUUUAGUUCUUUUUUUUUUAACUGUUCACUGCUCUCUAUUGUCAUUUUUUUAAUAUUUAGAAACUUUUUAUUCCAAGCAUCUUCGUCUUACAGAUUUUAUUUUUACAUGUACCUGAGAUUUUUGCACAGCACUGUAUAGUGUUUAUGUGAUAGCUUUCUUUAUAGGAUUGUUCCAGCCACCUGUAGGGGGCGCCAGGGGUGGCAUCACACUUGCUAACACUUGCCUAGCCAGCUUUGUGCCAGCAGCCUGCGUGAUUCCAACAAUAACCACCAUAGGCAUCAGCUGCUUGAAUUUCCAAACACACACCGGCAAUAGAAGGACGCACCCCACGUUCUUGUCAAAGCCCAUCAACUUUUUAAUGCAUGUAGGGGAGCCCAGAAGGUGGGUGUAAGUAAUGUCAGGGCACCAUUUCAAAGAGGUGCAGAGUUGGGGGGUUGGGAGGGUUGGUUGUGUGUGGGGUGCUGGACACUCACAAUUUUCUGGUUAAAUAUUACCCCUCAAGCGACAUCACUAAAGCAUGAUUUUUUUAAACAUUAUGUCACUGUUGUUUGAGGGAUUUGUGCAUUGCCCAUGGUGCCCCCUGUAAUUGGCCAUAAUGAACGUCUGAACCUGCUGGAGUGAUGAACGGUACCACACAAAGGCAAAUGGUUUUCAUCUUCCCGGCUGGAAACCACACAUCAGCGGAGAUCCAGUGGUCUGGUACCGUGUAUCCCUGAAGAGUUCGGUGUCUGGCCCAGUUUUUGGGUCACUUCUGAGGAGGAACUCACAGUAAAGUGAGGCACAAAUCUCCAUUUCAGCUUGUGGACAUGAGUGGCCCUUACGAGCUGGUUUAGUGGUGAUCUCAUGUUGUCAGUAUGGCUGACAUAAUAGGGCCCUUGAAAAAUAAAACACCGCAGAUGCCACAAAUCUGAGGUAAAAACGGAAGAAUGAAAAUACUCAGCAGUUCAGGUUGCGUCAAAGUAGAGAGGAAUAUGGUAUAAUUUCAGAUUGAGCCAAUUUUCAUGAGGGGCAACCAUGCUGUUUCUCUGUCUACAGAUGCUGCCUGAUCUGAAUUUUCUGUUUUAUGACCAAGUUCUAACCCCCUGCCAGUGUGACGGAGACUAGAAACUUUGGGGAAAUUUUGAAUGAAUAUUUGUUGUUAAGUGGAAAAACCAAUAGCAAGAUGAAACGCAGAGGAAUUGAAUUGAUUAAAAAAUAAGGGUUUUUUUUUGCGGUUCAAGCUGACGGGUUGCAAGAGGUAACACUGAGAUAACAAGAAGUAAUACUGUUGCAUAGGGAUAUUAGAAAUCAGAGCAGCAGUAAUUCACUCAAACUGAGAAGUGUGCACCACCAUUCAAUCGGAUAACGGCAAGUCUGGCUCAGUUCCGGUUUCCUGCCUGAUCCCUAUAAACCUUGUCUCCAUUCUAGAUCCAAAAUCUGUCUCAGCCUUGGGUCGUCUGACCUCCACAGUUCUCUGGAAUAAAAACAAAAUCCUAAAAACUCAAAACUCUCAGAGAAGAAAAAAAAUCUCCUCGCCUACAUUUUAAAAUGUGACCUCUUACUCAGAAACCGCGCCUGUAGGUAAAGGUCCCGCAAGGGGGGAAACAGGGUCAGAGCACCAACCCAGACAAACCUCCCUCAGAUUCCGAAAUGUUUCCCGCGAGAUAGCAUUGAGAAUACUGUCCAGCCCACUCAAUGUUUCUGUAUAAGACAACCCCUUAAUCCCAGAGGGUAGCAAUCAAUGCCACACAUGAUUUCAUGGGCAUUUCCCAUUCUGUGUUGACUUAAAAGAGUUUAUAAUGGGCUUGCAUGGAGAAAUAAGGUGACUAAUGUAUUAUACGUAGAUAUAUUUAUUCUUCACUACGCUCUCACUUGCCAAAAUGUAUCUAUGUUCUAUACAUGCACAUGUAUAAAUUCAUCUGUAUACUUCUAUGUAUUUUGAAACUCUUUAAACCAUUUACUUUAUUCAUGAACUUAUUAUAUGAAAUAUUUCAAAAUAUAUAAUUUUGUCUUAUGUUUCACAGUCUUUGACUUCUGAAUAAUUUCUGCUACAAUGGAAUGUUUUUCUAUUUCAGUUAUUCCUAGACAUCUAAAUUUGCAAUUGUAAAAAAAGUAUAC